AUGACCAAGUAUGAGAUUAGUGAACGCCAACUCGAGGCAGCAAAGCGUUGGCAGACUAGCAGUCCUCAAAACCUAAAGCGAAAUGGUGUUCAGAAUAUCACAUUCACGAACCCAAAGGCCUCAGAAUUUUACGUCGAUGGCAGAUCACUCCCUCUGGUUGACUUCGACGUUGGUCCUAGCUGGGCAGGUCUUCUACCCAUCAGCAACAGUCCUAACGAGACGCGUCAGCUCUAUUUCUGGUUUUUCCCUCCCGGUCCCGAAGGAAGUCUUGAUGAUUUAAUUUUUUGGACAAACGGCGGCCCGGGCUGUUCCUCCCUCGAAGGUUUGCUGCAAGAGAAUGGACCUUUCAGCUGGUCCUUGGGUCAAGCCAAACCAACGGUGAAUGAACACAGCUGGACUAACCUCUCUUCCGUCCUUUGGGUGGAGCAACCUGUUGGCACAGGGUUUUCUCGAGGCAUUCCAAAUGCACAGAAUGAGGACGAUGUUGCUGCUCAACUUGUCGGUUUCAUGCAGCAAUUCCUCGAGGUCUUUUCGGAACUAAAAGGCAAGAAGCUGUAUUUAACGGGUGAAAGUUACGCUGGAACAUACAUCCCUUAUAUCGCGAACUAUAUCUACGAGAACCCCACUCUAUUAGACCUCGCGUUGCAAGGGAUAUGGAUGAAUGAUCCUUUAAUCUCGUGGUGGGUGGUACAAGAGGAGAUUCCUGCAGUGGACUUCGUGAACAAAUAUGCUGGUCUCUUCUCUUUCAAUCAAACGUUCACAAAACACCUCGAGAAGAAGGCCGCGAAGUGCAAUUACACUGGCUACAUGGAUAAGUACGUGACAUACCCUCCAGCCGGCCUUCUUCCUCUGCCAGGGGACUCGGUUGAGGCGGCCGAGGGCUGUGAUGUCUGGGACGACAUUUUCAAUGCCGCACUGAUUAUCAACCCCGCCUUUAAUGUCUAUCGCAUCUGGGAUACUUAUCCGAUUCUAUGGGAUGUCCUAGGAUUACCAGGUUCAUUCCCAUCGACGCAGUCUCCCAUAUACUUUAACCGAACAGAUGUGAAGAUCGCCAUUCACGCGCCCGUCGACACUGAUUGGGUGGUGUGCCCCAAUAUCAAUGUCUUCCCGAACGGAGACAGCAGCUUGCCCCCUGCCUUCACCGUAUUACCGAAGGUUAUCGAGAAGAAUCAGCGGACUGUCAUCGUGCACGGUCUUGCGGACUUCAUUCUCAUUGCUGACGGAACAAGAAUUGCCAUUCAAAAUAAUAAGCCUAUCGCCAAAGACAGCUUUAUUGUCGAUGGUGUGGGUGCUUAUGGGACGAUGCACUCAGAGAGAAAACUCACCUAUUACGAAGUAGCCUUGAGUGGACACAUGGUUCCGCAAUUUGCGCCAGUAGCCGCCUUCCAGAUAAUGCAGUACUUGAUGGGCUUUAGGGACAUGCCCUAGAUA